UCACAAACACAUUCUGAGAUUGGGACGAUGCAUACCCUCCCGCACUUGUUACUAGUUAAAAGGUUAUAGCGGCCGUCCGUUGAGGGUCUACGUUAUGGAAACGAUGUCGGCGGGCCCCAAUAAGUUAUUCUUAACGUCCCCCGUGGAAAAUAAAGACGAUACAGAGGAGAAGUUCCUAAGAAGUUACCAGUUUUUGCAAGGGAUUCGUGGGGAUUUAAGCGAUAAGGACGCCCACGAGGCUUUAAACAAGGCCUUGCUCAAGGAUAAAGGUUAUGAAGAGGUCUCCCUGGGUCUUCUAGUUAGUAUUUUAAUUGAGCCCCAUAACGCUGCACGCAGUUAUCGAGACCUCACGUUAAUAACCAGAGACGGUUUCGGACAUGUGGUGACCAGUUUGUCUCAGUUAGUGUUCGAAAAGUAUUUACGGUUCACCGAAGUGGUCAAGCAGCAGCUGGUAUGGUUUUUACGGGAAAUGAUUAAGAAUAAUGUGAGUAAUGUGGAUAAUUUGUGUUGGAACUUGAUGAGACACGCGGCCGGCGGUGAUAUCAGCCCAAGGAACUUAAGUCUGGUCGAGUCUUUAUUGGAUGUGUAUAUCGAGUAUAUAAGUUGGCUGGUCAAGUUUCCCAUUUUGAUAGCAUCGGUGGUUUAUACUUAUUUGAGGCUAAUCGAGGAUCAUCACGCCCCAUUUUUGGCCAGUUUAAGACAGAAAGAGGUGAACUUUUUAAUUGGGUUAAUUAGGGAACAUUUCGAUGAGUGUUUGGUGAUCGGGAGGGAUUUGGUGAGGCUGUUGCAAAAUGUCGCUAGGAUACCGGAAUUUGAACAGCUCUGGAGGGAUUUACUUAUGGCACCGAAGAGCUUAAGCCCCAAUUUUACUGGUAUAUUGCAACUGUUACAAAAUAGAACCUCCAGGAGGUUUUUGCAGUCCCGCUUGACCCCAGAAAUGGAAAAAAAACUGGUGUUUCUAACCUCACACGUGCGGUUCGGGCAUCACAAAAGGUACCAGGAUUGGUUCCAGAGGCAGUACCUUGCCACUCCUGAGUCCCAAUCUCUUAGAUGUGAUAUUAUUAGGUUCAUAGUGGGUGUGAUACAUCCGACCAACGAGCUCCUCUGCUCGGACAUAAUACCCCGAUGGGCCGUGAUCGGUUGGCUUUUGACCACGUGCACCAGCAACGUGGCCAUGUCCAAUGCGAAACUGGCCCUGUUUUACGAUUGGCUCUUCUACGAUGUGGAAAAGGACAACAUAAUGAACAUUGAACCGGCGAUUCUGGUGAUGCAUCACUCGAUGCGAUCCCAUCCGGCCGUUACCGCCACCCUUUUGGACUUUCUCUGUAGGAUAAUCACGAAUUUUUAUCCGCCGCUGACCGAACGGGUUAGAUCCGGGAUAUUUAGUUCGCUCAGGCAGAUUCUGGAUAAGCGGGUGCUGCCCAGUCUGGUGCCGUUGUUCGAUAACUCGAAACUGGACCGGGAGUUGAGGAAUAUGGUGAAGGACAUGUUCAAAGAAUUUUGUACCGAGUCAGCCAACUUGCCCUCGUCUACCUCGCGAGAGGAAUUCAAUAACACCAACAAGUUCGAGGAGGAAUCGGUGGGAAUUUCCUUGAGCAAUCACUUGCUGGACGGCGAACCAGCUUUUAGCGACGACGAAGACGAACCCGAACUGAAAAUCGCCAAUAUCGAAGACGAUACGGACGACGACGACAUUCCCCUAUCUAAGGUGCGACUGAAAGAAAAAAGCGACAAGAGCGACGAGAGUUUAAUCGAGGGUCCGCUCGGCGACCUGCUCGCCAAACUGCAAGAGGAAACGGACCCGCGGAAACGGUGCGACCUCGCCGAGGAAAUCGUCGCCGAACUGACCGAUUUGGACGUGAACAAGAACCAAAACGACGUGGAGACGUUGUGCGCGUGCGCGCGUACGUUCGCCGCGUGCGUCGCCGACGAUUUACGGUGCGACCGCGUCUUCCCCGAAACGACGCCGAGCAUCGAGAAUUUGACCGCGAGCGUGCGCAGUCCCCUCUUCGUUGUCCUGCAGACGGUUUACGGGUAUACGAACUCGCGGGACGAUCAGUUGAAUAAAAGCGUGUUGAUCCGGUUUUUGGCCGAGAUGCACCCGCAACUGCCCACUUUAGGUUACUACAUCCUUUACUUCCUGAAAGUGCAAAUACGGACAGAGAACAAACGGGACGACAAUACGAAGGCGAGCGCGCUCAAAAUCGCCCUCUACAAAGAGUUUUGUAAUUGUAUCGAGAAAAAGUUGGAUCAGUGCCUGUACGACGAUCUGAACGCGUGUCACGUGACCGAUACGAAAUUGAUGAUGUGGCUGGUGCCGGACCUGUACCGGGACUUUAAGCAGCAGAUGGUGAAUAACGCGCAGGCCCUACGCGUCAUCAUUUCGGCCAUCGAUACCAGACAGUUGCAGACUCUCGUCGGGAAGGUGCUCCAGGGUCACCUAGUCAUGUUUAAAACGGAAAACCUCCAGAACCUCCUGAAAGCGACCCUCGCGUGGGAAUCGAUCGAGCAGAUUUUCUUCUGGCAACUGAUCAACGCUCACGACGUCACGAUCGAUACGGUGAUGCCUUUAAUCACCGAACUGGACUACGAUCAGCACCCGGAGGCGCUCACCGCCGUCAUGCUGAUGCUCAAACAGGAGAAACCGAACGCGGACUACAUCAAGUGUUUGUUCUCCCGCGAUAUCUGUGAUAACGGUGACUUGUUUAUCUUUACCGUGAUUAAGUAUUGGUGCGACGAUUAUAUCGAUAAGGUGGCCGAGUUGAUUUCGGCCCUGUUGAGCACCCGGUACCCGUCGACGUCGCCGAAUAAGAGGAAAAGGACUGCGAACGCAGGUAAUAAGGUGCUAAGUACGACAGUACCCAGCGCGGACCAGGUCUUGGGCCACUUGGAAAAACUCCGUAUCAUCUGCGAGAAACACGAUUGCAUGGCGAUUUACACGUUGGAUUCGAUGCAGAGGGCGCUCGGGGUCGCACAGAGUAACAGUAACGACAGCCAAAGAAAACAGUUCGGCGAAUUAUUCGCCCUGAUGGAGGAGGAGGAGGAGAUAAGCGCGACGAAGAGCCGGUUGCAAGGCCGGGGCAGGAAACCGCCGGCGAGUAAACCGGCGGCGCCGAGUGUGGCCGCCGCGAAACGACAAAUCGCGCGGGAUCUGACCGACAGUUCGGAGGAAACGAGCGAGGAAGAAGAAAUAGUAAAACCGAAACAGGCGAAGAAACGAAAAAAAGUCCUAUCGGAAAGCGAUUGACGGAUUCAAUUCGUGGUACGUCGGCCCAUCAUAGGGCCGCAGUGGGAGAUAGUCGGUCAUAUCAAUGAAAAUAAUACGCUUAUUAAGAGGAGAGUGGCGUGGAAAAGAAGAAGAAGAAGGAGGAGGAGGAGGAACAGGAACAGGACGCCCUGGGAGGAGUGAGGAGUGCCACAGACCCGUAUAACCACUUACACUGCCCGUUACCAGCUUCUAAGGCGAGAUAAAGGUGUUUUUUUUUAGUUUAGUACUUUUAGGGCACAAUUACGCUAUUCGAGUUCUAUAUGAAUCAAUAGGGGGUGGUCCACGUAACGAGGAUUUCCUUGCGUCGACAAAAGGGCUUAGUAUAGUUAGACAUAAGGAAUGUUUGGAAAUUAUUUUGAAUGUUUUGUUGAUGCGUUCAAAAAGCGACAUUUUCCUCAAGAAAGUCAGUUAUAUCGGUCUGAAGAACAUGUUUUUCUCAUAGGACCUUACCUAAAUAGUAAAGGAGUGGGGGUUAAAAUUUAGAUUUUCAGUUAUAGAUUUUACACUAGAUCCUAACCCUUUGAAGAGUCCUUGGACAAUGUUAACUAAUUAGAGGGUUAAUUUCUUGAAUUUGCAAGUAUACCUUGUUUUUUGAUUUAAAAAGGAUUUAGUAGGUACACACUUUGCUUUUAUUUAAUUUUUUAUUGGUUUUUGAGAUAUGUAUGUGUAAGAUUUUUUUGAAAUAAAAAAAAAAUCUCCGCAUUAUUUAAAUGUUUCAAAAAAUGCUGCAAUAUUUUAAAAAUGUCCAAUAAAAUUGUGUAUAGAACAUGUAUACAAAUUUAAACAUUGAGUAGUUUUUGAGCAUUUUUUGGAAUUUUCAAUAAUAAUAAUAAUAAGUAUUUGCAUCAAUGCUACAAAAGUUUAAAAAAAAAAUUAAAUUUUUUUUGGCAAUAUUCAAUAUUUUUCGAUAAAAGUGGAAAUAGGUUUAAAAUGAAAUUGUCUGAAGAACAUGUACAGAAACUUUCAAAUUUAAAUCUGGAGUAGUUUUUGAGUUACAAGCAUUUUUUUGAAAUUCCAAACUUUUUUUCAAAAUUUUUUGUCUCAGCAUUAUUAAAAUAUAAAAAAAAAAACUAAAACAGGUGUCCCAUAAGCGUAUUUACAUACUAUACUGCACUACAGAGCAUUAGAAAGAAAAAUGUUUUUGUGAUUUGUUUGGUGCUCGAAAAUUGGUAGUAACACAUUUAAUUAUUGUGUAAUUAUUUAUGUUGUUAUUAUUAUUGAAUUUUGUUUUUUUUGCUGGCGAUUUCGAUAUUCAAGAUAAAGGAUGUUUAAAUAUUUAAUGAAUAUGAUGCGACUGGAAAAUUUGAAAACAAAUGCCUAAUGUUGUGAAGGUGUGUUGUAUUUUAAAAAUUUGAAUAGUGGCUUCUGGGCUUUUAAAGGUAAGUAAAUACAACUUUUAAAUACGUACGCGUAAAACGUAAUUUCUUUAGUCCAUUCCUAAAUUUGGAUUAAUUUUAAAAUAUAGGUUUUGGGAAUAAACUUUUCUGAAAUAGCGAAAAAAUGCCUUUAUGUUGGUAAAAAUGUUCAACGUAGCCACACGUUGAACCACACAAUAGUAAUAGCGCAAAAGUUUAUUUAUAAUAUUCUGCAAUUCAUAUGAAUUAAGAACUAAAUUAAAGACUCCUUCAGUGGUUAAGCUUGACUACGUUAAGUAUUCUUCUAAAGUUUACUUUAAUUUUUUUUGCAAUUUUAGAAUAGUUUGCAAGCUGUUUAGAAUUAGGUGUACCAAGUAAGGAUACGACUGUAAGGGAUUACUUUAUUAGAUUAAUUUUAAUAAAAAAAUAAACAGAUUCAUAGGUAUUUAUCAAAUAUUUAUUAAAAAUAAACACAGGUCAAUCUCAGUCUACCAAACCUUAUCUUAACCUAAUUAUCUAAUUAGUUGUAUUAGUAUCUAAAUUAGUAAUUUUAUUAUAGUGAGUUAGCCUAAAACAAACUUUUUACCGAGAUUUGGUAUUUUGGCGAUUGCAGUCCACAGCUUGGUUAAGUGACCUUGGAACCUUACAUCUUCGGAUGAUUUUUCAUUUUUCUUUUCGAGUUCUUUUUGAUCCAGAUGUCAUUCCAGGUCUUUGCGAUCUUCUACUUGUGGACGUAGGCUGUACUUUACUUAUUUUUUCAUCACGAAUAUUCUUCAUUCUACUAAAUAGAUUUAGCAGCUCCGAUGAGGUUUUUAUUUUUUCUUAUGUUUUGUUCAGUUUGACAUACUUGUUGCUUCAGGAAUCGAGUCUCUUAACCAUCUGUACGAGAUUUGAAAAAAUGUUAACUUAAUUGUUCUACCGCAACUUCUUUUCUCUUAAAUAGAUCAUCUGGAUGUGAUCCAGAUAUGAAGGCAAAUUUUGAACCAUAUGUUGUUGAAAAAACGUUCAUUUGUGUGUGAUGGAUAUUUCUAACAUCACUUCUAUGUUAGAAAUAUCCAUCCGUUAAGGCUCUAAGACCACUAAAUUAGCUUGUGCCCUACAAUCGUCAAAUCGCAAUAUAUCACUAAAUAUUUUAAUUUUUUUUUAAGAUAGGUACUAUUGAAUUGAAUCUUUUUGCUUUGAUACUAUUGAAUUGAAUCUUGCAGCUUUUUCUUACUGAUUAACAGUGGUGUUUGUAUAAACUCCUUAAGUUUAGUAAUAUUGUGUAUAAAUAGGCAAUAUGUCCAAUCUAUGGUAGACAAUAUUAGGUAGAUGAGUAAAAUAAAAAGAAAAUAAAUAAUAACCUGUAUAUUCCUAUACAUUCUGUCUCAUUAACACACAAGAAUAUGCAUCUAAUUCUACCAUUUCUAAUCCGCAAAGUCUUCAGGUUUUGCUUUGAUAUUUUAAGCAAAAGUAAUUCCUUUCUUUUUAUUCAUUAGGCCCUUUAAAUUUCAAAUCUAAGCUAAAGUAUAGGUAGCACCUUAUUAAAAUCUCACAAUUUAUGUGUACUCAUUUAGAUACAUACUUUGUAUUCAUAUACAUAAAAAUAAAAAACCUAACUUAGAAAUAAAGCACAAUCGAAAUUCUAAAACCCAAAAUACAACACACCUUCACAACAUUGUUUUUAAAUUUUAAAGUAGCAUUAAUGUAUUCAUUAAAUAUUUUAACACGCCUCAUCUUCUAAAUUAAAAUCACCAACAAAAAUUAAACAAAAACCAAUAAUAAUAAUAAUAAUAACGUAAAUAAUUACACAUUUAUUCACUGUUACUACCAAUUUUACAGCACCAAAAAAUCACAUAAAAACAUUUUUCUUUCUAAUGCUCUGUAGCGUAGUAUAGUAUGUAGUGAUGUAUAAGCGCAUUUCUCAACUACAUAUUAUACUGCGGUGCAGAGCCGCCGAGUUCUAUGGUGCUCUGUGCUGUAGUAUAGUAUGUAAAUACGCGUCCCAUAACAUUGAAGAACACGUACCCAAAUAUUCAAAUUUAAAUUUUGAGUAGUUUUUGAGUUACGAGCAUUUUUUGAAAUUAAAACAAUUUCUCGGCAUUAUUUAAAUAUUGCAAAAAAGCUAAAAUAGGUGUCCGAAAAAAAUAUACUCAACGUUGUUUUUACUGGAUUGAAAUUAAAUGGUGGAGGAAGAGGGUAAAGAGUCAUGGUAGUAAAGUUUAUUUUUUUCUGCAUAAAAUGGGGAAGGAACAAAAAAAAUUAAAAUAGGUUAAGCAAAAGCGCCCGACUGCUGUUAAAUAAUCCAGAAUUUCAAUAAUAGACUUUACCCGCUUUCUUCACCAGGGGAUUAAGCUUCCAUAUUUUCCUUAUUCCUUGAUCAUUUCUUUUUUAGAUAGUUGAUAUUGGUGUGGUGAUUUCAGUACAACUAUUUAAAAUCUUGGGCAAUUGAUUUACUUUUUAAAAUUGUACUAAAAACGCCAACGAAAUUGUACUCAAUACUCAACGAUUUCCAAAAAAUCUUUACAUUUACAUAUAAAAUGAAUGAAGGGCAUUACACUGGAGGAAAAAAAAGAAUAUUACCAAUCAACAAUUUUCUUUGACCAAAACAUGUAAUAAAUGGUGAAUGAGCAGUGAAAGACAAGAAGCUUGUCGCAAAAAAUUGUGGAGGAGCCAGGUAAAGUCUAAUACUGAAAUUCCCGAUAUCUCCGGUUUGGUUUAAGCCAUUUUUAGUUAUGUAGGUGUUAUUUUAUAGAAAACGUGUUUUUUUGUUAAAUAUUUUACAUACAUUGACUUUCUCGUCUAACAUUACUAUAGAAUAAUUAAAAAAUUGCAGUUUAAUGACACUAGUUGUCCAAAUCAUACAACACUCUCUCAUUUUCUUAGAUUCAACCCAAAAAGAAGAGGAAAUUUAACGUCAAAAGCAUUUUUUUAGCCCUGCAAGUAUUUUUCUAAACCCAAGCCAAUUCCCUUACGUAGACCACCCCUCAUAUCUUAAAUUUUACAUUUUCAGACUCCUUAAUCGCCCCUAAAGUACUAAACUUCAAAUUAAAAGAAAAAAAAACGAUAACUUAAUAGAUACAAAUUGCUAAAAGAAGUUUUAUUAAAAAGAAACUUUUAUUUUAUGGCCAUCGUUGGCCAUUGACCAAUGUUAAAGUUUUUUUACAAAUACAUUUUUGCUGCUUAAAAAUGUCGGAACUACAGGGUGAUCGAAGAAAAAUGCCUUGCAACACUUUUAAAUUUAAAGCAGGAAAAAUGAAGCACUUGAAAAGGCUUUAAACGGGGGUGGGUAUAAUAAGUGAAUUUUAUCAAUUAAAGGCUUUGCAGGGGUGUUUUUUAUUAAAUUAAUAAAAGUAAAGCAUUCUUUCAUUAUUAAUUAAGCCUUUUUAUAUGCCUAAGUAACUUCACACAAGCAAUUUGUAUUUAAACCAAAUAAUUACAUUUAAAAAAAAUGAAUGAAUAAACAAUGUAAAUAGUGUAAACUUAAACCGCACCUAGUUACUUUCUUCAAUUUGUAAAUAAUUGUUAUUGUUACGUAUUCGUCCUGUUAAUUUUUUUUUAUAUACAUUACGACCCCUCUUAGGAUUUUUUAAAUAAAAAAAAUUGUAAAUGAA